CUGCGUGAAGCGAGCUGCUCUUCCGUUACUUUGAAAUGCUUAUUGGAUCGAUAGCAGAAACAGAAAGCAAUCACUCGACAUCACUUGUAGUUCUCUUAGAAAUACAGAACAAGGCAUUUGGAGAAAGAGCCAAGGCGCUUGGGACGACCAAUAGCGCUUUUCGGUUUUCUGCCCCGCCUCCACGCAUGCCCAAUAGGAAGGUUCGCAGUGCUAUAGGCACCGUCUGGAUGCAGGGCCGGAACCUGUGCGUGGCGGAACCUUUGGCUCUGAGCUUCAGGUUGCGGAAGGUGCAUGUUUGUCGCGCGGCUUCCGGCCGGCUCUCAGCAUUCGCGUGGUGUCGUAGUUCACAGCUAUGGCACCUCGCGUGACCCGCCGACAGACCCUGGAACGGUGUCUGAGGGAAAUCAAGAAAGCCACCAGCCGACCCGAGUGUUUCCUCACGAUUCAAAAUGGCCUAGCAUCAAACUUCACUUCUCUAACAAAAGUUCUUUAUGAUUUUAAUAAAAUAUUAGAGAAUGGCCGAAUCUCUGGAAGUCCUUUACAAAAACUUGAGAUAAAUAGUUUUGAUGAUGAGCAGAUUUGGCAACAACUAGAAUUGCAAAAUGAACCAAUCUUAGAAUACUUCCAAAAUGCAGUUAGUGAAACAAUUGAGGAUGAAGAUCUCAGCCUUCUCCUAGAGAGUGAAGAUCAGGAGUGUGAAGAGGAGGCCUCAGAGCUGGAGGUUGACAGCCAGGAGAACAUAGAGACUGAUGUGGAGGAGGAACAGCUGUCAGAUGUGGGUAGUGAUGUUCCUAAAGGGGGUGAGAGACCUAAAAGCUCAGGCAGAUCUGACCCAAGGACAAGUCCCAUUUUCAGUGAUGAGGACUCCGACCUUGACUUUGAUAUUAGCAAAUUGGAACAGCAGACCAAGAUGCAAAUCAAACCACCUGGAAAACCAAGAGAAAAGUCUGUAGUGGACGACAAAUUCUUCAAACUCUCUGAAAUGGAGAACUUUUUAGAAAAAGUAGAAAAAGAAGAGGAAAAAAGACCUAAGGAUGAAGAGGAGGAGGAGGAGGAAGAUAUUGACCUUUUUGAAGACAUUGAUUCGGAUGAAGAUGAGGGAGGGCUGUUUGGACGCCAGAAAAUUAAGUCAAAUAAAAGUUCCAGAAAUCUGAAAUACAAAGAUUUUUUCGAUCCAGUUGAAAGUGAUGAUGACAUCACUAGUGUUGUUGAUGAUGAGCUGGGUUCAAACAAAGAGGAAGGAUUUGCGGAGGAAGCAGAAGAAAGCAUUUCUGAAUCGGAUGAAGAUAACGACCUGGAAGAAAGUGAGGAUGGUAAGCAACAUAAAGAAGGCUUGAAAAGAGUGACCUUUGCUUUGCCAGAGGAUGAGGAUGAAGAUACAAGUCCCUUAGCUGUAAAACAAGAAUCUGAUGAAGUCAAAUCCUCUUUUGAAAAGAGACAGGAGAAGAUGAAUGAGAAAAUCGCAUCUUUGGAAAAAGAGUUGUUGGAAAAAAAGCCUUGGCAGCUUCAAGGGGAAGUGACGGCACAGAAGCGGCCAGAGAACAGCCUGCUGGAGGAGACGCUCCACUUUGACCAUGCUGUCAGGAUGGCCCCUGUAAUCACAGAGGAAACUACCCUCCAUCUAGAAGAUAUCAUUAAACAGAGGAUAAGAGAUCAGGCUUGGGAUGAUGUAGAACGAAAAGAAAAACCCAAAGAGGAUGCGUAUGAAUAUAAGAAGCGUUUAACGUUAGACCAUGAGAAGAGCAAGCUGAGCCUUGCUGAGAUUUAUGAGCAGGAGUAUAUCAAACUUAACCAGCAAAAAACUGAAGAAGAAGAAAAUCCAGAGCAUGUAGAAAUUCAGAAGAUGAUGGAUUCUCUCUUCCUAAAAUUGGAUGCCCUAUCAAACUUCCACUUCAUCCCCAAACCGCCUGUUCCUGAAAUUAAAGUUGUAUCGAAUCUGCCAGCCAUAACCAUGGAGGAAGUAGCCCCAGUGAGUGUCAGUGAUGCAGCCCUGCUGGCCCCAGAGGAAAUCAAGGAGAAAAAUAAAGCUGGAGAUCUAAAAACAGCUGCUGAGAAGACAGCUACAGACAAGAAACGAGAGCGCAGGAAAAAGAAGUAUCAGAAGCGUUUGAAAAUAAAGGAAAAGGAGAAGCGGAGAAAAUUGCUUGAAAAGAGGAACCCAGAUCAGCCUGGGAAGUCCACCAGAGCGGCAGCUGCAGAGAAGCUGAAACAGUUGACCAAAACAGGCAAAGUGUCCUUGUUAAAGGAUGAACGGAAAGAUAAGCCCUUAAAGUCAUCUCAGGCUUUCUUUUCUAAAUUGCAAGAUCAAGUAAAAAUGCAGAUUAAUGAUGCAAAACAACCAGGAAAGAUAAAGAAGAAAAAGCAGGACAUUUCUGUUCAUAAAUUAAAGCUGUAAUAUAUUUGAAUUAAUGUAUAAAUCUGUAAGUUUCUGUCAUUGUUCUAUUUUAUAAUAAAUUCUUGAGAUCUA